GUAGUAAGCUUGUUGGUUGUGGGAUUCGAGAAGCAAGCUGUCGUUGACCCGCGUGUUUAGCUGACUAAUCAAAAGUUGAGCAUUGGCGUGUGAAAUAUUUUUCAGAUAAUUAAGCCUAACAAAGAGUUGAAAGGAAAAUCAAUAUCCAGCAAAAAAAUCUACGACUGAAACGUACUCAAGGGCUAAAAUACUAUCUGUUUGAGUUAUAGCCUAUCUUGUUUCAAAAUCUGAGCAUUGCCAGUACUUUUGUCAAAUAUUUCAUUCCUAAUUCGCCUCUCUAUUACCAACAUUCAAUAUGGGUGACGCAGCUAAAUACGCAGAGGUUUCUCAAAGAGAAAACAAAAACUAUAGUGAAGAAAGAACUGAAGAUAAUAAAAAACCUAAAGAUGAUGAUGUAAUAUGUUUAAAACCUAAAAUGACUUUAGUCAAUGGGAUAACCGUGAUUGUCGGAAGUAUUAUCGGAUCUGGUAUUUUUGUUUCGCCAAAAGGUGUUCUCUUAGGAACAGGUAGCGUGGGUAUGUCAAUUGUAGUGUGGAUUGUGUGUGGAAUUUUUUCUUUGAUUGGAGCCUAUUGUUAUGCAGAAUUGGGAUGCAUGAUAACAAAAACUGGAGCCGAUUAUGCUUACAUUAUGACAUCAUUCGGCCCAUUUGUGGCUUUUCUUCGUCUGUGGGUGGAAUGUAUGAUCGUCAGGCCAUGUUCUCAAGCUAUUGUGGCUCUCACGUUUUCAUUUUAUGUUCUACGCCCGAUGUAUCCAAACUGUGAGCCUCCAGAUGAAGCUAUCAGAUUUCUAGCCUGUCUCUGCAUUUGCCUUCUAACGUUUGUGAACUGCUGGGACGUGAAGUGGUCAACUCGUGUCCAAGAUCUUUUCACCUACGGGAAACUUUUCGCCUUGGCUAUUAUAAUUCUUACCGGUAUUGUGCAGCUAGGAUUUGGACAAACACAACACUUCUCAUUUGAAGGAACGGAAUCGGACAUCACGAAGAUAGCACUUUCCUUCUACUCGGGACUCUUUGCUUACAAUGGAUGGAACUACCUUAACUUUGUCAUUGAAGAAUUGAAAGAUCCUCACAGGAACCUGCCUAAGGCUAUCUUCAUUUCCUGCAUUCUUGUGACUGUUGUCUACACCAUGACCAUUGUAGCCUUUCAUACAACCCUGUCAGCACAGGAGGUAAUGGGAGAAGAGGCUGUAGCUGUCACUUUUGCUAGUCGUUUGUAUGGUGUGAUGGCUUGGAUAAUUCCUGUCUUCGUUGCCCUGUCAACUUUUGGUGGAGUAAAUGGUAUUCUCUUUACUUCUUCUCGUUUAUUUUAUGCUGGUGCCUCAUUUGGUCAGAUGCCAGAAGUUCUGUCAAUGAUUCAGGUUAAACACUUGACUCCUGCACCAGCUGUGAUGUUCAUGGCUCUGCUGUCAUUGAUCUACUUGUGUUCCAGUGAUAUCUAUGCUCUAAUAAACUAUGUUGGGUUUGCUACUUGGCUAGCUAUUGGCUUAGCAGUUGUCUGCCUUCCAUACCUUCGCUGGAAAAUGCCUAACCUUCCUCGACCAAUCAAAGUAAACCUAGUAUUCCCUGUGAUCUACAUUUUGGCUUCAGUAUUCAUUACAAUUGUUCCCAUGAUAGCUGAUCCUGUAGGGACAGGAUUUGGAGUUCUCAUCAUUGCAACAGGAUUACCGGUUUACCUAAUUUUUAUCUAUUGGAAGAAGCCUAAGCCAAUCCAGAAUGCAAUAGAUAAAAUCACUUUAUUGCUGCAGAAGGUACUUCUUGUUGUCCCAUCAGAACGACCAGAAACUUUGUAGCAUCAGUUGCUUCUUUUAGUUGCAUAGAAAUUGUGGACACCAUGAGUUAUAACUAAUUGGUCUGUAUCUAUUUGGUUACAAGAAGUUGUGAAACUUAUCUAAAACUGGCUCUUUCUAUAGAGAAUUAUUUUAUAACAUAUUGGAUAGCUACAAAAAAUAUCAUUGUGAAAAUUUAACUUCCAAAUAUGAUUUUUUUUUAAGUUUAUGAACCCAGAGAAAAAAUUUUUGACUAUCAGAAAAUAAAGAGCACAGAACUAAAUUUCAGUUAUUUUACAGUUCUUGGUAUUAUUAGCAGAGUAACUUGAGUUAAUCAGAAUAAUAGUUACUACUAAUGUAUGAAAAGAAAUUAUGGUCAAGAUACUUUAUUAGCUUUUUUAUUCCUUUUUGUUAUAGUUGCAUCUGGAAAUAAAAUGAUAGGUCUCUUUUCACCUAAAUGUCUUUUCUAGAUUUUUCAAACGUGUAGUAAUAGAAACUUAGAUUAUGAUAGGAGACAAUAUUCUGAGGUAUGGAAACUUUUGAUGUGUUGCUGUGUUUGUCUUUAUUCCCUUAAUAUUUGAAUUAUAUUUUUUGCAAAGUUUGUCACAUUACCUGUUUUUUUAUAAGCAUUCUUAAAGGAAGAAAUGAUAAAGUGACCAAGAUGUAUCAGUUCUGCAAACAGGAAUUAAAAUCUCCCAUAGUCACAGAAAAUAGAAGUAUAACAAUGUUUUAGCACAGGAAUUUUUUUCAUAUCCAUGACCCAAGAAACUUGCAGUUUUGAAAUUAUUAAAAUAUCUGAAACAAGGUCUUAUAUUCACCAAAUUUGUAAUAUAUAACUCUUUGCUCAUGAUUGUACAUCCAGAAAUUAGUAACAUUUUAUUUUUCUUUGUAGGUUGAAGUAUUUUAAUCAAGAAAAAUAUAUUAGACUGGCAAAUUUCUUCAUUAAUGUUCUAACAGUGUUGAAUUUGCUGAAGUACCAUUAACAGUUUUGUUUUAACUGCAAGAAUUUUGUAGGGUAAAAGAGAAACGUGACUUUACUUUGGAAUGUGAAUUUUUGUAGAUAUUUUUCUAACAGUACCAUAUAUAUAUAUAUAUAUAUAUUAUUAAUAAAAUUAAUGUGGUGAAGAAGUACUUUCUAAAUCAAUAUUGUCACGUUUUUAAAACAUUUAAUUUAUUUGUUAGUAUAGCUCUCAUAAAUAACAUUUGAGUAGAGCAUGGUUUGCUUGAUAUAGAAUUUAAUAUUGGUAUUUGAAUUACUCCCUAUAAUGUGCUAAGUCAGCUUUUGAUUAAAAACUAUUCCAAUUAAAAAUAUAUAUAUUAAAGUAAGUCUUACCAGAGUGAUAUUUUCACACUUAGUUAAUAUGUUUUUAUAUUUAAAUUAAAAAUCCAAUUUCAAUAUCAAAAUAUUUUAAAAUCAAUACUUCAAACACUACCUCCUAAAAUACCCUCAUAGUUCCAGAUGUCUCUUUUGGUGGUUUAAGAAGUACACAUGAACAUAGCUGUUAUAUUUUAGUAACAAUAAUAAAAGCAUUUAAUUUUAUAAGUUGUUAUUGUUCAGUUGAUACUUGUCAUGAUAAAAAAGAGAAUACAUGUUAUGUAUCCUCUAUUUUAUGUUUUAGGAAAAGUAUGCUUUUUGAACAGAAGUUGUGUUGUACCAUAUGGUUCCACAGCAGGCUGGUGUUAUUAGAUAUUUUUUGUGAAUGUGGUAAAAUAAUACAAACUUAGAAAGUGGUGGUUGUAAUGUUUUGCACGUUUUUGUGUUAAGUUACUUUAAUUGGAACAUGCUGUGAAAGGAAUAGUUAUAUAUAUAAAAUGCUUCUUCUAAAUGGUAAGCAAACAUGCUCUUUUCUCUGAAACUUUGUAACAUUUAAGAGAUGCCAUUUUUCUUUCUGUUUCGUCUGGACUUGCUCUUUUAGUUGUUAAAUAAAAUACUAAUUCAA